AUGGAAACAGAAAGAGUAAUUGCCUGGUCCACAUCUCAUGGGUAUUGCGAAGAACCUAUUAAUGGUGGCCUUUAUGCCAAUGAAGUUGGAAAAGGGAUCGAAUUUGAAGAUUAUAAUAAUUAUAAAAACAUAGGAUGCAAUUUCUGCGACACCCAUAAUUUCAAUUAUUAUUGGUGGAAUAUGGGAGAGGAAAAUGAAGCAACUCUUAAUGAAAUUCUUGACCCAGAAGAUUGGGAACAAACCCAGCUUCUCAAUACUUAUAUCGAUUGGGAAUACUAUGACUCCUUAUAA